GUCUCUUUGUUGCGCUGAGACCUUGCCGGGGGAUGGAGGCCGGGCUGGUGAGGCUGCUCCACGACGUGGGGCAGGCGCUGACCACCGCCUUCGUCGUCCGGGCCUCGGUGGCCGACUGCCCGGACUGCUGGUGCAGUCCGGCCCUGCACUGCCCAGCGCUGCAGUGCACGUGCCCCAGCGGCGAGGGCACUGGCGGCCGCCGCCAGGGGUGCCCCGGGUCGCAGCUGGCCUGGGUGGCUGGCCUCUCGCUCCUCCUGGGCGCCGUGCUCGGGGCCGCGGCCGUCUCGUGGGCCUGGCGGCCUCGCCCGAGGGCGCUUGCAGCGCCCGCCGCGGCGUCCGUGGAGGCGGACAGCGCGCCUGCGGGCGACGACCUCGUGCACCUCGCGCUGGAGCAGAUGGCGGCUGGGCCGCUGGCGGGAGGUUUCCACCUGACCAGGUAUCGAGUGGGAGGCCCCGCCCUGUACCAUGAGCGACUGGACAUUUUCCGCUCAGGGUACGUGAUGACCCCGGAUUUCGACGACUACGGGGAGACCACGAGCCCCGACGCGGACGUGAUGGAGAUCCACUUCGUACACGGGCAGGGCGGCAGGGCGGGGGGCGUCCAGGAGAACCGAGUCUACAGGUUUCGGCGCCUCCCCACGGCGGCCGAGGUCUGGGGCGCCCUCCGCCGCGGCGCAGCGCUGGGGCACGGGCCGUUGCCUGACGGGCCCUUCCUCCUCACGCUGUCCGCGGUCAACUGUGCCGGCGCGCCGGCGGGCAGCAUGCCGCUGGCGGACCCGACGAUCGUGGUCCCCCCCCUGGUCGACGUGGCCGGGGCCCACCCCGCGGCAGCGGACCCAGGCGCGCUGGCGCUUCCUGGGGCGGCCCCGCCAGCCCCGCUGGCGGCCGCGGCCGCGCCGGCGCCGGCAGCCGCGGCCCCAGCCGCCGUGGCCCCCGCCCCCGGGGCGGCCGCUGCUCCAGCGGGUCGGGCGCCCGCGGUGCCAGACACAGCGGCGGCCGCGCCGCUGCCGAGCGGGGAGCCCGCGCCAGGCUGGCACUGGGUGGCUGCCGAGGACGUCGACGGCGCCGUGGCGUUCGGCACGAAGGUGGCCGUCGGAGUGCCGGGCGGAGCGACCCUCGUGGGCCGUGCGGGUCGGCGCGGGCUUCUCACGUUGGCCGGCGGCGGCGGGGCCAGCGCGGUGCUGCUGAGAGACAGCGAGAUCCCGUGGUUCACUCAGGAGUACCGCGGGAGCGACGCUCGCACACUCGAGAUCCCGCCGGGAGCUGGGCAGCCAGGCGGCAACGCUCGGGAGUGGCGCGAGGUGGUGCUGCUGUGUCGCGAGGAGCCCGUGCCGGGGUUUGCUGUGGCCCCUCCGAGGACGGCGCAGUGGUGUGCCAAGUACCAGGUGAAGGAAGGGGGCCCCGUCCUCCAUCAUGAGAUGUGGAAGUCGAAGCGGAAGCUGAACCCAACCGACUUCGGGGUGGACAUGCACGAGACGCUCUCGAAAAUGAUCGAGGCCAUGGGCACCGCCGACCACCUGGACGUCUACAACUUGGCGAGCGCGGAGCUCGGCUACCGUAAGCUCCAGCUCAUCGAGCACUACUGGGACGACAGGAGCGCAGAGCAGCAGCAGCACAACAUGCGGAUGCCCUUGGAGGAGGCAUUCGCAUUCAUGGGAGGGUCGAGGUCUCCCUCGAUGGUGUGCCCGGAACUGCUCGACUCGGUGUCGAAGGAGCUGGAGCGGAUCCACAGCAUCAAGAAGAACGCGAGGACGCUGCAGGGCGAGCUCGUGACUGAGCUAGUGGUGGCGCUCAACCAGCUGGACGCCGGCUCGGAUGACCCGCCGCGCCGCGCAGGCCAGGAGCCCAACAGGAUGCAGCAACUUUGCUUGGAGCAUCUCGCCGAAAGCUGUGCGGCGAUGGGCUCCAUUCCUCCAGAUUUGUCGACCGAGGUGGCCCUCCAGGAGCUCCAGGUUGGCGCCGGCUACUCCGACGGCGAGCCCGUCACGGUGGCCCCCUUCGCGCACGACCUCGUGUCUCUGCCAGCUGCGGGCGGUACGCCUGUGCCCCUGAGCCAGUUGCUGGGAGACGACGGUCCAGAUAUCGUGCGAAGGUUCAUCACUUCGAAGGUUUUGCCAAUUCAAAGCGCCGAGAUUUUUAAGAAGGAGGCUGGUUUCGCACGCCCUUACCUGGACCCGGUGCUGCGGCAGCCCGCGGCCUACCUGGCCUUCGUCGAGAGGAUGAGGGACGGUGGCAUGCUGGAGUUCAGGAUUGAUGAGGGGGAUUUUGAGGAAGUCGGUCUAUUCACCGUUUGGAAGAAGGAUGGUCGCCAGCGCCUGGUGAUCGAUUGCAGGGGCAGCAACUUCAGGUUCGGGGAGCCCGACAAGACCAGCUUGGCGUCCGGGGGCAGCUUCAGCUCCAUCGAGCUGGCGCCGGGCGAGGUGCUGUGGACGGCGGGCGUCGACAUAGCGGACGCUUUUUACAACGUGGGCCUGCCGCCGGAGCUCCGGCACCUCUUCGCGCUCCCGCGGCUUCGGGCAGCGCAACUUGGAGUGCGAGAGCUGGGCGGGCGUCCAGUUCCUGGUCGUGCUUGGGUGCGCCCGUGCUUGGCCGUCCUGCCUAUGGGCUGGACGCAUGCGCUGGACUUCUGUCAGAGAGUGCACAGAAAUAUCUUGCUCCAGAAGGGGGGGUUUGAGAGCGUUCCCGAAGUGGUCGAUGGUAUGCCGACGCCUCCCAUCCAGGACGGGGCCUACACAGCCUAUGUUGACAAUUUCAUUUCCUUUGGAGUAAAUCCUGGCAGGCCUGCGGCCCUCCUGAGGUCGGCCCAAGAGGCCUUGAGCGGCGCGGGGCUCCCUCUGCACGAUCCUGAUCUCCCCGCCUCGGUGUCUGAGCAGCUGGGGUGGGUCUUCGACGGGGAGCGUGGGCGACAAGUGGGGAAGAUUGCUGGCCACUUUGCGUUCAUUGCAAUGUCGAGGCGCCCGCUCUUGGCCGUAUCUAGUUAUGUGUAUGCCUUCUCGAGGAAGUACUUCGAUCGGGUGAUGAAGCUGCCGCCAUCUGUCCGCCGUGAGCUUCGCUGGGCCGCCUCCCUGAUCCCCCUGGCUUGGGCUGAUCUUAGGGCCACCUGGUCUCCCAGGAUCUACGCGAGCGACGCUAGCGAGGAGGGGGGGGGCGUGUGCCAGAAGGAGGCCGACCUGGGAGCAAUUCGCGGUGCUGGGAGGUACGGGGAGAGGUGGCGAUUUCGACGACCAGCUGCUUCGCGACCUCGCGACUGCCUCUUCGAGCAGAGCGACCCGCCGACCGCCGACACCGCGAAGUCCGAGCCGAUUGCCGAGAUCGUCGUGUCGCCGGGGGUGGAGCCUGUCGUGUCGACGGGGGUGGCGGUGGAGGACCCAGAGAGUAACUUGUGGAAGGUCCCGGAGGUGGAGGAGGAGCUGCACGGGGGGAGGUGGCAGGUGGUGUCGAGCGGAGGGUGGGCCCGGGCCGAGAAGAUCAUCGUCCUCGAAGGUCGGGCCCUCGUUCGUUCUCUUAGGCGCGCACUUCGCGACUCGAAGUCCUUCGGUAAGCGUAUCCUCUUCCUCUGCGAUAACAUGGGGCUCGUGUGUGUUAUGGAAAAGGGGCGCUCCUCAGCCGGGGGAGUCCUCCGCGUCGCCCGGCAAUGGGCCGCCUGGUGCCUGGCGGGCGCGGUCCAGGCCUCGGUGCGUUGGAUUCCGUCUGAACGGAACGUCGCCGAUGCGCCGUCGCGCCGCCACAUCCCCCUCGGGGUUUGGCUCGACGGCGCCGCGGCGGACUCUGCCGAGGGCUUCAAGCAGUGGGCCGUCCGGGACGCCGGGCGCAGCAGCCAGCUGGCCGACUGCCGCAGCGCCGGCCUCGAGCUCGCCGAGCUGGCCGUCCGCGAGCCUGCCGUCGGCGCUCUGCGGGGCGCCCGCCGGCCGGAGCAGCGGGCGCCGCCACCGCCCGCGGCCCGGAGCCGCAAGAUGGCGCGAGCUGCGAGGCGCGGGCAGGGAGCUACUGCUGCUGCUCGUCGGGCGGCGCUCCGAAGCCAUGGAUCGCUGCUGCAGCGGGCCUCGGUGACUCCGAAGACCGUGGCCCAGUACGACGGCCUGUGGCAGGACAUCCUCCGCAUGUGGCUUCGGCUGCGACCGGCGGGCUCCCUGCAGGCGGAGCCGAACGACGACGAGAUGGACUUAGUGGUCGCCAGCUGGAUGGACCAGGAGUACUCUUUCGGGGAGCUCGCGCAGAGGGGCACCAAGGGGCUAGCGGCGGUGAAGUAUUUCCGGCCGCAGUUCGCGAAGUCGGGAGGGCUCUCCCUUCCGCGCUCGGCGCAGGCCUUGAAGGGCUGGAAGCGGCUCGCCCCUGGGCGUGCUCGGCUGCCGCUGCCAUGGGAGGUCGUCGCGCUGAUCGCGCUGGAGCUGCUGCUGACCGGCUUCUGGGCGAUGGCGGCUUGGACGAUCAUCACCUUCCACUGCUACCUGCGCCCCAGCGAGCUGCAGCGGGUCACCGCCGAGAUGCUCGCGCCGCCUGUGCCAGGGACCCGCGUGACAAAUUGGGCGAUCGUGCUGCACCCAAGCGAGGAGGAGAUCAGCAGCAAGACAAGAGAGUUCGACGAGACCGUGGUGUUCGAUCAGCCGCUGUUCCGUUUCCUCGUGCCCGUGCUCGCCUACCUCAAGAGGGAGACGCCGGCCGGGGAGCCGCUGUUCGCCUUCCGGCACGCCGACCUGGUGGCGCCCUCUGGCCUCGGCAGCGGCGGCGGGAGGCAUGCCCACUACUUCGUUGUAGAUUGCCAGACGUCACAGCAGGAGAG